UUUACUCAAAAGUUAGUUCGAAGAACUCAGGGCGGUAUUGUGACUUUUUGAGGUGCUCGUCACUUUUUAAAAACAAAAUUACCAAAUUACCCCACAUAAUAAUGCCCUACACAUAUCGCUGCUGUUUCUUUUCUUCCACGGCCCCAACAUGACUCCACAGCAGCGAGUUCUUGACGCCAGUUCCGGCUCCCAGGCAUCGCUUUCACGUCCUCUGCUACUUGUUCCGCUAAGGUUUUUGAUGCUUAAUUUGCAGAAUUCCAAGAGUAUAGAUCAAGUAUGCAUGCAUAGGAACUAAUCUCUUUUGAGUUUACUGGUUGCACACCAGUUGUUCGACGAAAUGCCUCAAAGAACAAUGAACAUAUGAUAAUCUGUAUAUGCUCCAUUUAUCUCUUAUAACAUGAAGCCUUUGCUGCAACACAAGUGUCCACACCUUGAUAUCUUGAACCCGAGGCGUUUUCUUGCACACCGCUACUCUACAUUCCCGACAACUUCAGUAUCAAGUGAUCUGGAAAAGUUGUGUGAUAUCAUUUGUCAUGGGGUUGGCAGUCUAGAUGACUUAGAAGCAAGUCUUAACGAACUCAACGUUUCUUACUGCUCGUCGCUCAUUACCCGAGUGCUUGAUUCUAGCAAGAAUGAAGCACCCACGAGACGGCUGCUUAGAUUCUUUACAUGGUCAGAAAAACAUUUAGAUGGUGGACUAGAAGAUAAAGAUUAUAAUCACGCCGUCAGAGUGUUUGCUGAGAAGAAGGAUUUCAUAGCACUAGACAUGUUGAUCUCGAAUCUCGGUAAAGAAAACAGGUCAAUGGAGAGCGCAACGUUUAGUACGGUCGCUAACUCAUUGGUUAAGCUAGGAAGAGUAGACGAAGCGUUGGGGAUAUUCAAGAACUUGGAUAAGUUUAGAUGCCCACAAGAUAGUACUACGGUUACCGCGAUCAUUGCUGCUUUGUGUUCAAAAGGGCAUGUAAAAAGAGCUGAGGGAGUCAUUUAUCACCAUAAAGAUAAAAUCUCGAGUGCACAACUAAAACUUAUCGUUUACAGAAACCUACUUCACGGGUGGUCAAUGCAAGAAAAUGUCAAAGAAUCACGACGGAUUAUCAAAGACAUGAAAGGUGCAGGUAUCGCUCCGGAUCUUUUCUGCUACAACACGUUUCUCAAGUGUCUUUGCAAGAAAAACUUAAAGUCUAAUCCUUCUGGGCUUGUUCCAGAAGCAUUGAAUGUAAUGAUCGAAAUGCGAACGUAUUCAAUCACACCAACCACUAUAAGUUACAAUAUAUUAUUAUCUUGUUUGGGUAGAACUAGAAGAGUUAAAGAAUCUCUUCAGAUUCUCAACACAAUGAGAAAAACAGGGUGUUAUCCUGAUUGGGUUAGCUAUUAUCUCGUGGCACGAGUUUCGUAUCUGACAGGAAGGUUCGGUAAAGGUAAGCAAAUGGUGGAUGAGAUGGUUAAAGACGGUUUAACCCCUGAACGUAAGUUCUACUACGAUUUGAUUGGUAUUCUUUGUGGGGUUGAGAGGGUAAAUUACGCUCUUGAGUUGUUUGAUUUGAUGAAAAAGAGUUCGUUAGGCGGGUAUGAGACGGUUUAUAAUUUGCUGAUACCGAAACUCUGUACAAAUGGUGAAUUUGAAAAGGGAAAAGAGCUUUGGGACGAGGCGACAACAAUGGGUCUCACACUUGAGUGUUCAAGUGAUGUGUUAAACCCUUUGAUCACUAAGGUAUUUAAGCCAAUGAGGAAAACGGAAAAUAAAGUUAGUGUUUUGGAGACACCCAAACAAAAAGUUGGAGGAAAAUUGAAGCCAGCUAUAAAUGUGAAGAAGGGUAGGAAGUUAAUUAUUGCCAAAAAGAACGGUAAGAAGUUGAUGGUGCAUAAAAAGAUAAACAAAAAAGGAGCGUCAGCUUGAUCGAACAUCCUUGUAGAGACUAGCCAAGAUCAUGUAACAUUGAAAUUUUUACCUUCUUUAACUGCAAAAUUACGCUCAACAUGAGAAUUAAUAGCAGAGAGCAUCAAAGAACUGGAAAAACUACAUGAGAUUGAUCAUGCAAAAAGUUCAAAUAUAUAUGGGCGAGUUGCUGACCUUAUAUCAAAAGAGUGUACUGCUGAUCGUUAGUUUUCCAGGCCUGCUUGAUGCUAGUAAUGUUGCAUGAGGUAAGAACGUAAAACCUAGUCCUAGACAUUUAAUUUCCUAUCUUCACAUGGAUUUUAUCUUAAAAAUGUGCUCAAAUAUGUUAAUUUUAAGCUGUUGUUGCAUAUCAAGUUUGAUGUAGCUACAUUUUUGUCAAGAAUUUUUAAUAUUUUGUAGUAAUUCAAAGUUAAUAGUUAGUAUGUUUGAUCUUAAAAGUCAAAUUUAUAUUCGUUUGGAACCAAGGGUUAAUGCUUUCUAUUUUUUACGUUAAACAUAUAAGUUUUUAUCUUUCACAUGGAUUGUAAAGAAAGUUUGUGAGCCAAACUGUCCUCUGUUUGAAAAUAAAAACUAAGGCCCUAUAUUCUGCUUACCUAUUACAGUUUUAUACAUGUAUAAGUUGGCGGUUGACCCUUUUAAUAAUAGUUCACUACAUUAUGGCUUGUUUCAUUUAAAGUGCUAUACUUUGACCUGUUUAAUAUUAUUUCAGAUAUUCCGACAUGGUUUGACCUGUGGAUGACGUUAGACAGGUCGGGUUGAACUCAUAUGCAUCAUCAUUAUAGGAUUGUGUUCAUACUGAGUAGGUAACCGAAUUGAUGAGAAUCAUUUAGGGGCUUAGGGCCAUUUAUGUGAUGGAAGAAUGAUUGUUUAUCAGAUAUUCGGAUUUUUUUUUGAAUCAGUGUAAAGAAGGCAGCCUUGCAGAUGAGGCACUAUGGGUGUUAAAGAAAAUGAGUGACUUUAACUAUCGACCCGACAUUACGGCUUACAACGAGGUGAAAGAAGAAAAUAAAUCCAGUUACAAAUCAUGAAAGGGUUACAUUGUUAGACGAUUUUUAUUCGACAUCAACAAAUAUAAUUAAUUAGAACAAUAUUAUUAUGUUUAUUAUUCUAAGUACCAAGUUAGUUAUGGUUA